GCAGUAAAGUCAAGAGCUUCAGUCUUGAGCGUCAGUCUUAUGUGUCGCGGAAUGUUGUCAAAGGUGUCGCUGCUGCUGCUGCUACUCACCUGCCAAACGCAGUCCUUGCAGCUGACCAACUGCAAUGCCACGCAGCUGAGCGAGUUGAACGAUGUGGCAACGCUGAGCGCUUUGAGCCUGAGCAACUGCAGCCUGCAGCAACAGCUAAAGAACGCAUUUUUGCUACGCUUCAAUCAACUGCUUAGCCUGGAAGUGCAGCACUGCCAACUAAAUUCUCUAGAGGAUUACGCACUACAUGGUCUGUCGCGACUGCAGCGGCUCUCGCUGGCGCACAACAAUCUCAGCGUGAUUAAAACCUGGUCGGAGAAGCCGCUUUCCGCUUUAACCUCACUGGACAUCAGUUUUAAUGCAUUGGUUCAACUGCCCGCCAGAAGCUUGAUGCAUUAUCCACAGCUGCAGCAGCUGAAUUUGAGUCACAAUCUCAUCGAGCAUCUGGAACCGGAGUGCUUCCAUAAUCUGUCGCAUCUGAAGCAUUUGCUGCUCCAUAAUAAUCGCCUGCAGCUAAUUGCAGCUAGCUACUUUCGUGGUCUACAUCGUCUCUCCAGCUUGAGCCUGCAACAUAAUCUGCUGGGGCAAGUGGAGCCUGCGGCCUUCGAGAGCAACACACAUUUGCGCACGCUGCGACUGGAACAGAAUCAUCUGAGGGAUUUACAAUUUCUCAAGGAACGUGGCCUGGCGCGUUUAGUAUACCUAAAUCUAUCUCGAAACACGCUGGAAAAACUGUCUGCCCAGGAAUUUUCCAAAAACUUUGAGCUGCAGCAUUUGGAUUUAAGUCAUAAUCAACUGAAGGAAGUCAAUAACGAGAGUUUGAUAGGAUUGGAGUCCUUAGAGCGCCUCAAUAUCAGCCACAAUAUCGUAAGCCACAUAGACGCGGAUGGUCUACAGCCACUGAGUGUACUACUUCAGCUUGACAUGAGCUUCAAUCUUUUGAGUUCGCUGCCUGAGGAGCUCUUCCACGCAAACAGCCAGCUGAAGGACAUUAAUUUGGCCCACAAUCAAUUGCACGAGCUACAUCCUGCCCUACUGCACCAAUUGAUGCACUUGAAUCAAUUGAAUCUGGCCCAAAAUCAACUCGAAGAUGCCAGCUGGUUGCAGCAUCUGGCGCCGGCGCUGAAUCGCUUGGCUCUACGCGUCGAUCUCAGCUCGAACCGGCUGCAGUCGCUCAAUUUGAGCAGUCUGCUGUUCUUCGAGCAUGUGCAGCUGGCGGAUAAUCGCUGGAACUGCUCCUGGCUGGUCAGGCACAUGUUGAGAACGCCACCAACAUCGCUGAACUUCGCUCGCUCCUGGCCCAUGCUGAGCGCCUGGAGCGUUAAGGAAUUGUUAAAUAUUCAAGGCGUCGAUUGCUUUGAUGGUCAGCAGAAUCGCUCAAUUGUGCUGCUCGAUGUGGGCGUGGCCAGGCAACAGACGGGGUCCAACUGUGACUGUGAGGAGUCUAAGGAUGAGCUGGCUACUUUGACGCCACCGUUGACCUGGCCCAAAAUACGCACAGAUCGCUUCGAUUCCCGUUCGGUGAUCAUCUGGAUGCUGGUGGCCAUUGCCUUGGCCUUUGCUGGACUGCGCUGGGGUCAACGUUUCAUGGAUCGAAAGGAGCGCAGCAGAAAUCUUCAGAAACUAAAUGAUCACCCCCUGAACAAAGUGGAAUUGGAAGCACAGCGCUUAAGAAACGAUCGCGAAAGAUCGUAGUAAGAAAAAAGCAAAAAUCUGUAACUACUAAAUACUAUAUAAGUAAUUGUAUAUGUAAACUAUAAUUAAAAAAAGCUGUUAAAACA